AGGCUCAGUCCGAUUGGGUCCGGUGUUGAUGGGAGGACCGAAUAAAUAGCGAGCCGAGAUGCGCUUCGGGAUGAGACGGAGCAGAGAAGGCGAGCGGGAAGCCUCGAAGUGAGUUGCUUGCACGCUCAAAGUGUGCACCCAUUCAACUUUUAGACUGAACUUGUAGGCUACUUUCCGCCCGCUGGCUUCUCGUUUCUCAAAAUCGUCGAGAUCCUCGAAGUCGUCGCCGUCUCCUCGUCUCCGGUUUGCAUAAAGAGCGUACAACCCUCGCGCUCGCUUGCUCGUUUAUUUUUGUUCGGUUUACCUAAUUGUCCAACAUGAUGAUCAUCAUCGCGGAGUUCUUCGUGGUCAUCCUGAAGGUGUUGUGGGCUUUCGUAACAGCCGGGGCGAAGUGGGUGGUGCGGCCCAAGGAGAAGAGCGUGGCCGGACAGGUGUGCGUGAUCACUGGGGCUGGAAGUGGCCUCGGGCGGCUCUUUGCCAAGGAGUUCGCCCGGCGGAGAGCCAUCCUGGUGCUGUGGGACAUUAACAGCCAAAGUAACGAGGAGACCGCAGAGAUGGUGCGGCAGAUUUACCACGAAGUGGACACGCCGACGUCCAAAGAUGGCGGCGUUGAAGAAGUGCCCCCAUUUCAGCCCCAGGUGUACACGUACGCGUGCGACGUGGGCAAGCGCGAGAGCGUGUACUCCACGGCAGAGAAGGUGCGUCGAGAGGUGGGCGAGGUGGACAUACUCAUCAACAACGCCGGCGUGGUGUCGGGCUACCACCUCCUGGAAUGCCCCGAUGAGCUGAUCGAACGCACCAUGGUGGUCAACUGCCACGCACACUUCUGGACCACCAAGGCGUUUCUUCCCAAGAUGCUGGAGCUGAACCACGGCCACAUUGUGACGGUUGCCAGUUCCUUGGGUUUGUUCAGCACAGCUGGAGUGGAGGAUUACUGUGCAAGUAAAUUUGGCGCCAUCGGCUUCCACGAGUCCCUGAGUCACGAAAUUAAGGCCUCAGAGAAGGAUGGCAUCAACAUGACGUUGGUGUGUCCUUACCUGGUGGACACGGGCAUGUUCAAAGGUUGUAGGAUAAGGAAGGAGAUCGAACCCUUUCUGCCUCCCUUGAAGCCUGAAUUCUGCGUCAAGCAGGCCAUGCGCGCCAUCCUCACCGACCAGCCCAUGAUCUGCACGCCCCGCAUUGUCUAUAUGGUCAACUUCAUGAAAAGCAUCCUGCCCUUCGAGGCCAUCGUGUGCAUGUACCGCUUCCUCGGUGCCGACAAGUGCAUGUACCCUUUCCUGGCGCAGCGGAAGGAGGCCAUGAACAACAACGAGGCCAAGAACGGGAUCUAGGGGGCGCUGUCUGCAACACAAAAAAUGGAGAGGGGUUGGAGGGGGGGGGGGGGGUGACGCCGAAUCCUGCGAGCACGAGGAGAAGAACCACUGAAAAAGGGCGGGGUGGGGGCUUGGGAAGAAAAUGGCGGCAAGGUGAAAAGACUGAAUCUGGACUGGUGCACUUGCAUUGAGCAAAUGCAAAGGUUUACCAUAUUGUUCCUCUGGGACAAAGAAAGCUGUGUACUACACAAUGGAUUUAUUUGUCAUUUGUAUGUGUGUGUGUGUGUGUGUGUGUGUUUUUAAAGAAACAACUAUACUGUAUAAUGUCACUAGUUUUGAAGCGGUAUCCAAUAAUUAACUAUUUAGUCGCCAGCCUUAUCUAGUGUCAAUGUGGAACUAUACAGUAUGUUACUGUACAGACAGUAAAACAAGAAACCUUUCUUCACUUUUUUUUGUAGACCUGCACUGUAAUUUUCUAAGCUUUCUCUACACUGCCUAUUCUGAAAUACACAUUAACGAUGAAUUUACAUAUUUUAAAGGAGCCCUCGAGUUUCCCUUCAUGAAUCAGUCCAAGUCACCUCUCAAAUGGAGGAUGUGUAUGUUCAUGGCGUAGUAUCUGUUACUAGGUGAUUGCUGGAGGGAAACGGAUGAAAAGAUUUCUUUAUUUUCCUUCUUCAACCCCCCCCCCCCCCCUCCCAAAAAAAAAGUAACACUGUGCUGCCAGUUUGUCCAGUUGAAAAUGUGUUGUGAAUGUUGUGAGUAGCCCAGUAACCCAAAUGACUGUCUCCCUAUACUGUGUGUCAUGUAUGGAUAUUUGCAAUAUGGGGAGGACACCGUUUUUAAAAGACAUUCCAAUAGGCGUCAUUCCUUCGGUCACAGUGAUGAGCCUAAAUUCUCUACCUCUUUAUUUUUCCUUUUUAUUUUUUGACAGUAUGACUUUUUUUUGUAGUUUCCUGCAGACCACUCCAUAGCAAAGCAAAGUGUGGUUCCGAUGUUUAGUGUCUCUACCUAACUUAAAUUAAUAAAAUGAUUUAGAUUAUUA